UUUAUGACAUUUUUCUCGUCAUCUCGUGAUAGAGUUGCAAAAUAUGGAAUUUUAUUCAUAUCGACGCGCAUCGUGACAUGACAUGCAUAUCGAAUCACUAUGAACAAAACGUCGAACGUGCAGAUAGGCACGUACCUAUUUCUCGGCUGACAUAAUUUUUAUUUUAAAAAAAUGGCUCAUGUCAAUCAAGGUCAAGGAAUCGGAGAGUCUAUGGACUUUUUUACAAAAUUUCAUAAUAUUUCGAAUAAACUGAAAAAGCGAUUUCUGAGGAAGCCAAAUGUCGCAGAGGCAUGUGAUCAAUUUAGUGCUUUAGCUACCGAAUGUGAACAGAAGGAAUUGUGGCAAUAUGCAGGCUUGUGUUGGUUGGCAGCUGCUAGAUGUCAAGGUACAUUGGAAAAUACCUCUUCGGAAAUAAAUCUUCUCAUAAAAGCGGGAAGGCAAUUCCUUACAGCUGAGAAAAAAGAUAACGACAUAGGAUGUCUCUCCAUAGGCCAAGAGAACAUACAGGCAGCUGUGAGUUGCUUUGGCCAUUCCAUGGCUAGAUGCAGCAAUCAACCAGGAUUCAAUACAAUUUCUGCUGGUUUAUCAGUAGAAUUAGCAUUAGCGUUAGGCCCAGGUCCUGCUGGUAUCCAACUGUUACGCAAAGCAAUUGACAUCUUUCCUACAUCAAAAGCUAUCAAUACCCUAGUAUCUUUUUAUAUAAAACAGGGAGAUUAUGUAGCUGCACUACAAAUACUCAAUGAAUUUGUAGAAUUUGUAGAAGCUUGUGUUGUGGCUGGUGCCAGAGGAAACUAUAAUGCUAUUUUACAUAGGUGCGAAGUGACGCGAGUACUUCUACUGCUCAUUCUUCAACCGUCACCUCAGAGAUUGACACCAUCACUUGCUCAGGUUCUCGAAAAGUACGCAUGGGCAGAAGAAAAUGUGAAUAACGGUCUUAAUAUGAGCGAGGAUGAAUUAUUAUUGCUACAGUCCUUAGUAUUAGCGUGUCAGUCUCAUGAUCAUCAAGCAGUAUUGGAACUCGAGAGCGAAUUAUAUCCUUACUUUGAUACAGAGCAAAAAGAACUGUUGCAUAAAUUGAUACAAGUAGUAUCGACGCAGUAAAUAUAUACAAUAAUGUUAGAAAUUAUGUGCACAAUAUUUUUUUCCUGAUUAUUAUUUGUUGUGGACAUUUUUUAUAACUUUACGUUGCGUCGUGUGCUCCAUCAAAAUCGAAAAUCAGGGCACAUUCUUUGAGGGACGAGUGAGGGAUGCCCUUCGACUAGUUGUUUUUCUCUCAUUUUGCGCGAUUACGUUAUUAGUCGUCUCGAAACAGGUUCCUACAGCUAACGGCUAAAGUCUUGCUUAAUCGAGGCGCCAAAGAUGAGCAACGUGCUUUCGUUAAUUCAGUAACGAUUAUGUUGUAAUUAGCGAAUACAGUCAACAAAAGACAGUAGCGACUUUAUCCUGCUUCUCGUGAUCUCGAGCGUGGUAGCAGGAGUGCGACAUGAGAUGUGAAAGGAGAAGGUAGAGGAGGAGGAACUCUUUUUAGAUGAGAAUCGUAGAACGAGUGGUUGGAGUAGAACAAGACAAGGCUUGUAGGAAGGACAUAGUGUGCGUGCCGAUAUGGCAUCAUGGAGGAGGGGAUGUCUCGCGCGUCCCACGAUAUACUACCUUCGCUCUUCUGCAGUUACUAUUCAAGGCAGAGUCACAGUUAGUGUCAGUCAUCGCGCGAAAGUGCCUUGCAGUUCUUCGGAUCAAAAUUGAUUGCGUUCUUUACUGAAUCAUCUAGUACUUAGUCUUAAACUGAGGUAACGAUCUCUUCAUUCCUUUGUACGAUAUUAAGUCUUGUAAUAAAACAUAUAUUGCAAUUAAAAAUUCUCUGGGAUAAUAAAAAAUCCCAAGACAAUGCAUCAGUUUCAUUCUAAACUAGAAUGACAGGAAAUCUUUGCGAGAACAAUCUCUCGUAAUCUGAUGAGAAAAAUCGACUCUCAAGGACACUGAUUAAUUUUUCUAAAAGGCCAAGGUUCGUAGAAAGACUCUCAAGUAUUCAACUCGCGUUGCAAGUACACAUUCCAAUCGGUGAUUAAUGAGGCUCGGGAAGAUGACGGAAGUCUGGAGGACCAUUUUCGUAACCGGAGGCGCUGGUUACAUCGGCA